AUGAAUGCAACAACCAAAAAACCUGAUCGUCGAGUUCCACUGGAGCAUCGGAAGCGCACGGAGCACAGCUGUGACAGGUGCAAGUCCAGAAAGCAAAAAUGCCAUCGGGUACCUGGCGAGGACCGCUGUCAGCAUUGCGAGCGCCACGACUAUGACUGUACCACCACGAAGCCUCGCAAACAAAGGCUCUAUGGCAGCACCGACCUCGUGCGGUAUCGCAUCACACUGCUCGAGGCCCUGCUCAAGAAGGUUCUUCCCGAUGCGGACCUGUCCUCGCUCGACAGCAUGCGAGAGCUCGGGCGGUCGUUGGGCGUGGAACUCCCUGACAUGGGGGAUGACACGUAUCAGAACUGUCCGCUCGAGCUGAAGCAGUCCAGCGGGACCCCACGCGUGGAGCAGCAGAAUGAAGAGCUGGUACAAGAUAUGCAGGGUCAGGACCAGUACAUCGGCCCGGCCAGCUCCUAUUUCUUCCAAAUGAAGCUCCGCUCCCUCCUAGGCCUCCAUCGCCAGGAGCGAAGGUGUCAAAUGUUCCUCUUCGGUCGCAAUCCCACCGGAGAGACUUUGAGACCAUCCGUUAGCGAGAUCCUCACCGAAUCAGAGGUCCGAGAAGUUGCCAGGCCCUCGGAAACUGAUAUCAGUGACAGUGCCGUCGUCCACUACCCCACCCCCUUGCUUGAUCGCUCCGUAAUUGAUGGCCUUAUCCGGGCGUAUUUCGACUAUGUCAACAUCGACUUCCCUGUCCUGCAUGAGGCCUCCUUCCUGGAAACAUAUGAUAGAUGGCGGUACAUUCCGGGGUCCGUCGAUGGGGCGUGGGUGUGUGCGUUGUUGUGUGUCUUGCUCCUGAGUCGGCGGAUCAACCCCCUGGGGACGACCGAGACCCAGCAGCAGAAAUGGUGGACCAUCCUGGAGUCGUGGCUGCCCACCAUAAUCUUCACCAACAACAUGCUUUCGGUCCAGACCCUGAUGCUGGCCGCGUUGCAUCUCCAUAACACAAACCAUCGUGAUGCAUGCUGGACCCUGACCGGAGCUGCGGCCCGGAUUGCGGUGGCCAUCGGACUCCAUCGGGAUGAAAUCAUCUGCGACGGUCCGCGCCUGGCUAAGGAGAUUAGAAAAUCCCUCUGGUGGACCCUCUAUAGCUUCGAGCAGAUACAGGUCUCCUCUCAUGACCGGCCUAGCGCCAUCGAUGGCUCAAUGUGUUCCACCACCUCGCCCCAUGAGAGGAUCCUGGGGAUCGGCUCGUCGAAUUGGCCCCCAGACUAUACCGUCUGGUCGACGCGGCUGACCUCCAUCCUAGGUCUGGUAUGCCGCGUACUGCCAACGGCCACCAAUGAGCCAGCCCUCACUGGGCUUCUCUCGCCCGCGGCGGGGUUGCUGCGGGAUCUGACUCGCUGGCAGAGUGCCCUACCGCAGCAUCUGUCGCUCAGCAUCUUUAGUACCUUGCCGGACGGCUUCAAGCGGCCCGUACUCCUGCUGCACAUCCAGUAUCAUUAUAUCGUCUGCUUGCUCACUCGCUACGCCUUGUUGCAACAGCUGGCGGCCUACUCCCAAGGGUCAGCCGGCGACCCCAACGAACGAGAGAUCCAGGCAACAGCCAAGAUCUGUGGGGAGUCGGGGCGGAAGAGCUGCGAGCUGCUGUUGCAGCUGGACACGAUUGGAAAGUUCAACGCUGUAACCUGGUGGGACGUCUAUUACGUAUACUCCUCGACGCUGGUAUUGACGCUGAGCAUCCUGUGCGACCACGCGCGGCCGCAGAGGGAGGAGUCCGCCACUAACCGUUCUCUGUCCCUGCUGCGCAACUGCGCGGACAUGCUCAUUCGCCACUGUGCCAAUCCCAUGGUGCCCGACACCAUGAUUCGCUGGACCGGGGCGAUUCGCGACAUUGACCUGCUGGUCCAUGAGAGACUAAGCCCCUCCCAGCAGGCCCCUUGCCCUCACGAAAGUGAUAGCAUGCCGGGCACGGGCCCAUCCACUGCCCUGGUCCCACUUGGUUCGUCGAUGAAAGCCAUGAAUCCUCCCUUUACAAGCAUGGGUGGACCCGGCACGGAGCACAAUGUUUCCCAGAUGGCUCCGCCGAUGAGAGAGAUGCAUGGGCCCUACCCUGGCAUGACAAUGGGGCUGGACCCGGGCACGGAGCAUAUUGUGUCCCCGAUGGGUACGACCAUGGUAUUUGCUAGCGACAGCCACAAUAACCCCGUCCUGGGCAUGCCGCCUCUGACCGACGAUAACGGGUUCUUCUCCUGGGAUUCCAUCGGGUCCAUGUUACUGGGGACGGAGGCCCUUAAUACCUCGAUGAACUGUAAUCUGUGA